UCUGCAUGUGGGACCGGAGUCGCUGGCUCACGCCAUGGGUCUCUGCUUCUGCCCUAACCGCGCGGCCCUGUUACCGUGUGGCGUCCUGUACCUCCUGCCGUUGCUAAUGCUGCUCGCAGAACCGGGGCUCCCUGCCGGACGUCAUCCCCCGGUGGUGCUGGUGCCUGGGGAUUUGGGCAACCAGCUGGAGGCAAAGCUGGACAAGCCGACGGUCGUGCACUACCUCUGCUCCAAGAAGACAGACAGCUACUUCACACUCUGGCUGAACCUUGAAAUGCUGCUGCCGGUCAUCAUUGACUGCUGGAUUGACAAUAUCAGGCUGAUCUACAAUGGAACAUCUCGGGCCACCCAGUUCCCUGAUGGCGUGGAUGUGCGUGUCCCUGGCUUUGGGCAGACCUUCUCACUGGAGUUCCUGGACCCCAGCAGAAGCAGUGUCGGUUCCUAUUUCCACACCAUGGUGGAGAGCCUUGUGGGCUGGGGCUAUACACGGGGUGAGGACGUCCGGGGGGCCCCUUAUGAUUGGCGCCGAGCCCCAAAUGAGAAUGGGCCCUACUUCCUGGCCCUUCGCAAGAUGAUCGAAGAACUGCACCAGGUGUACGGGGGCCCUGUGGUGCUGGUUGCCCACAGCAUGGGCAACAUGUACACGCUCUACUUUCUGCAGCAGCAGCCGCAGGCCUGGAAGGACAAGUACAUCCGGGCCUUCGUGGCACUCGGUGCGCCCUGGGGGGGCGUAGCCAAGACCCUUCGCGUCCUGGCCUCAGGAGACAACAACCGGAUCCCAGUGAUUGAGUCCCUGAAGAUCCGGGAGCAGCAGCGGUCUGCUGUCUCCACCAGUUGGAUGCUGCCCUACAGCCACACGUGGUCACCUGGGAAGGUAUUCGUGCACACGCCCACCACCAACUACACACUGCGGGAUUAUCGCCAGUUCUUUCAGGACAUUGGCUUUGAGGACGGCUGGUUCAUGCGGCAGGACACAGAGGGGCUGGUUGAUGUCGUGGUGCCACCUGGUGUGCGACUGCACUGCCUCUAUGGCACUGGGGUCCCCACGCCAGAUUCCUUCUACUAUGACAGCUUCCCUGACCGUGACCCUAAGAUCUACUUUGGCGACGGUGAUGGCACCGUGAACCUGCAGAGCGUGCUGCAGUGCCAGGCCUGGCGUGGUCGCCAAGAGCAACAGGUGUCAUUGCUUGCGCUGCCAGGCAGCGAGCACAUUGAAAUGCUGGCCAACGCCACCACCCUGGCCUACCUGAAGCAGGUGCUUCUUGGGCCCUGACGCCUGUGCAGGCAGGGCUGCCAUAUGUCUCGGCCUCUGGGGCUGUUGCAGCCCAUGGGUUUGUGACCAACCAAAUGAGGCCCUGGAUCUUGGAAUAUGAAG